AUAGCAUCGGCCUCCUACUCUACUUCCAGGAGGCUUUAAAGUCCCCGCGAUUUUACGUUUUGAGAAGAAAAGCGAAAGUGAAAUUCUUAGCUUUGAUAUAAAAGCUGGUGUGAGAGCAGCAAGAUUGCAGUACUGCUCUGGCUUGCGAUGGCUUCGCCUGAACCCCAGCUUGGAGACCUGAUUGAGAUUCCCCGGCCACCCAUCACUCACUGGGCUAUCUACGUUGGCAGCGGAUAUGUGGUCCACCUGGUACCCUCAGGCGGAAUCUCGGGAGCUGGUGGAUCCGGUAUCAUGAAUGCAGUGGCCAACAGGGCCAUAGUAAAGAAAGAGCGGCUGUGUGACGUGGUUGGGAAAGAUGGAUACAAGGUCAACAACAAGCACGAUAACAAGUACAAGCCACUCCCUCCCAGCAAAAUCGUCCAGGAGGCAGAGAAGCUGGUGGGCCAGGUGAUGUGCUACAGUGUGACCAGCCAGAACUGCGAGCAUUUCGUCAAUGAGCUGCGCUACGGGGUCCCCCGCAGCGACCAGGCCAGAGGUUUUGCAGCAAUCACCAUGGCACUGGGUGUGCUGGUCGUACUUGCUGGAGCCGUGUUCUCAAGAAACUAGCAAAAUCAAUGACCCGAAGGGAAUGUCUUGUCAGCAGUGGCAUUAGACAUUCAGGGGAGUCUUGUUUUGCUAGACAGUUUUGAGAGAAUUAAUAGGUAGGUUGAUAGGCAGUCCAAGGCCCCUUUAAGGAGGAAGUAAACUUUCCUUCUUUUUCAUAUUCUUUUGCCUUAGUCUCAUAGGCCCUGUGAGCUAUGAUAUGUCUUGCUCAAGGACAUGCUUAUUUUAAAGUUCUGUGUUAAUUUGCAACAAUCUAUUUCAUUUCAAAACUGGCCUUUUUAGCAUAAUAUAUCUUACUCCUGGGUAUGGUUUUCUCAGAUUCUGUGUCUCUAUGUUAGUCAUUAUAAUUGUAACAAAUGUUGCCUGGGAGCCUGUUUUCUCACUGCUUACACAACAAUAAUACAUCUCUGCCAGGGACAGAGUGCUUGAAACCCAUUCUUCCACACUAGCCUUGGGCCAAUGUUAUCUCAAGAUGUAUGUUGCAGGAAAGGGGGUGGAUAAAACUUUCUCAGUCUUGAGGUUUUCUUUUUAUCUAUUCUCAGCAGCCAGUUGAAAAAUAUAUAAUGCCUUGCUUAAGUUAGUAAGAUGGGCCCUCUUUCUACCCCCUUCCGAUAUCUAUGU